AUGUUGGACAUUUUCAUACAAGAGACCUGCUUCAUUUCUCCUGAUGCUGGCCCUGCUACCUACCAUAAAUACUUUGUUGCUUAUGUGUGGUCACUAAUGCCCACAAUCACUUCUGAGAUAUUUGGUGUGCUACAUAUGGGAACCAUAUUCAAUGCCAUUACCAUAGCCGCUCCUGUGGGAUCUUAUAUCUUUUCCGUGAGAGUGAUCGGGUAUAUUUACGACAAAGAAGCGUCGACGGCAUGGAAUACAUGCACCGGAACUCACUGCUUUAGGUUAUCAUUCCUUAUCAUGGCAUGUGCUACCUUUUUGGGGUCUCUCACUGAAUAA